UCUCCGCUUCCCGACCCGCGUUCCUCCCGCCGUCCGUCCCUCCCACCCCCCUCGCCGGGGGCAGCGCCCCGACCCCCGGGCUGGCGGCUCCCGGAGGUUCCGGGCGCUGGGGGCAGGUGCCGGGGGGAGCCGCCGCCGUCUCGGGGCCGCGCUCCGCCCGCCUCGGCCUUAACGGGGCCGCGGGGCCGCCGGUUCUCCCCGCGGUGUCCGGCUCGGGACGUACCUCCUCGGGACGGAAUAUCAAUUCCACGCUCCUUUGGCGAGCGACUCGAGGACCGACCGUCGCCGUUCCGCUUCGGGCUCGGAGAUGCUGCGGAGCCGUCCCGGAUUCGCGCAGCGGGUGCGGAGCAGCAGCGGGGGGCAGCGCUGAGACCCCCGGCAGCCGCAGCCCCGCAGCGCAGCUCGGACCCCGCCGCUCUGCGGGCCGCCACCAUGCCUGACUCGCCAGCUGACAUCAAGACGCAGCCCAGGUCCACGCCACCCAACAUGCCGCCGCCGCCACCCGCCGUCACGCAGGGAACCACACGUCACCCCUCCUUCACACCCAGCACCAAUCGAGACGCUGUCCCUCCGACGUUUCUUCCUCGCGGCCGUUUUCAUGGUUGCUUGAAAUGGUCGAUGGUCUGUCUCUUGAUGAACGGCAGCAGCCACUCACCCACUGCCAUCAAUGGGGCCCCGUCCACCCCCAAUGGGUUCAGCAACGGGCCGGCCACCUCCUCCAGCGCCUCGCUGUCCACCCACCAGCUCCCACCUGCCUGUGGAGCCCGGCAGCUCAGCAAGCUCAAGCGCUUCCUCACCACCCUGCAGCAGUUUGGCAACGACAUCUCACCUGAGAUUGGGGAGCGGGUGCGCACCCUCGUCCUGGGGCUCGUGAACUCCACGCUGACCAUCGAGGAGUUCCACGCCAAGCUGCAGGAGGCCACCAACUUCCCACUGCGGCCCUUUGUCAUCCCCUUCCUGAAGGCAAAUCUGCCCCUGCUGCAGCGUGAGCUGCUGCAUUGCGCCCGCAUGGCCAAGCAGAGCCCGGCGCAGUACCUGGCACAGCACGAGCAGCUGCUGCUGGAUGCCAACGCCUCCUCACCCAUCGACUCCUCCGAGCUGCUCCUGGAGGUCAGCGAGAGUGGCAAGAGGAGGACGCCAGACAGGACCAAAGAGAACGGUUUGGACCGCGACCCCCUGCACCCCGAGCACCUCAGCAAGCGGCCAUGCACCAUGAGCCCGGCACAGCGCUACAGCCCCAGCAACGGGCUGAGCCACCCCCCCAACGGGCUGCCACAUCCCCCCGGCCCUCCACCCCAGCACUACCGCCUGGAGGACAUGGCCAUGGCACACCACUACCGCGACGCCUACCGCCACGCCGACCCCCGUGAGCGUCCACGGCCUGCGGUGCAUGGGGCGCGCCAGGAGGAGGUGAUUGACCACCGGCUCACCGACAGGGAGUGGGCAGAGGAGUGGAAGCACCUCAACAACCUGCUAAACUGCAUCAUGGACAUGGUGGAAAAGACGCGGCGGUCGCUGACUGUGCUGCGGCGGUGCCAGGAGGCUGAUCGUGAGGAGCUCAACCACUGGAUCCGCCGCUACAGCGACGCCGAGGACAUGAAGAAAGGCAGCCCCCCCUCCGCCCGCCCCCACAACAGCUCCUCCAGCUCCGAAGCACCCCAGUUAGAUGUGCAUCGGGAUUUUGCACCACGGCCGCUCUCAGGGUACAUGCCUGAGGAGAUCUGGAGGAAGGCUGAAGAAGCUGUGAACGAGGUGAAGCGACAGGCCAUGUCUGAGCUGCAGAAAGCUGUGUCGGAUGCUGAGCGCAAAGCCCACGAGCUGAUCACCACUGAGCGCGCCAAGAUGGAGCGGGCACUGGCUGAGGCCAAGCGGCAGGCGUCCGAGGAUGCCCUGACAGUCAUCAACCAGCAGGAGGACUCCAGUGAGAGCUGCUGGAACUGCGGCCGCAAAGCCAGCGAGACCUGCAGCGGAUGCAACACCGCGCGCUACUGCGGCUCCUUCUGCCAGCACAAGGACUGGGAGAAGCACCACCACAUCUGCGGACAGACCCUGCAGGGGCUGCCGGCCCCCUCCGCCCCCACAGCUGUGGGGCAGCCCGAGGCGGUGCCCCCCAUGGCCAGCAGCCCCAGCGAUGCGGGCUCAGCGGGCGCAUCCCGUGCUGGCACUCCGGGCACCCCGGCCCCAUUGGAGAGCGCGUCGCGCUGAGCGCAGACUGACACCCAUCGCAGCCCUCCGCUCCCAUACUGGGUGACCUCCGAACCGACCUCGAGCUCUCAGAUAAUCCUCACGGAUCCUCAAACUGGGCUUUACGUGGAGUUAAGGCAAAUACUCAUCGUUCUCUGUUCUCUCUCCGGUCUUUGUUUUUUGGCUUUUUUUGGUUGAUUGGUGACUUUUUUAUUGGUGGUUUGUUGGUGGUUUUUUUUCCCUGCUGUCCUUUGGGCCAUCGCUGUUCUUUGCUACCCGCUGGGUUUUGGCCUAUUUUUUUUGUUUAUAUCAAUUUUUCUUUUCCGGAUGAGGAGUUCGCUUGCAGGAAGAGGAAGAAGGCUUUGUUUCUUCAUCUUCACCUAUUUUUGUGCGUUUUUUUUUUUUUUUUUUUUUUUGUAAAAAAAAAGAAAUAAAAAUAAAAUAAAAAUGAAACCGUCGGACUCUUUGGCUUUAAGAAAUUAUAAAAAAAAAAAAGAAAAAAAAGAAAAAAAAAGGAAAAUCCCAAAAAUCAGACACCGCCGAGCCCAAUGGAAGCUCACCUGUAACUACCUUGCUAGCUAAGCCAAGAACAGACCAGACCCACCUCUGCUCCAAAGGAAACCCAAAAACCAGACAGAUCCAAACGUCUCUCCACUGCCAAAGUUCGUUCCGUUCCGUUGCCGCCUGCUCCGAUGCUGCCCCGUCCGCACGAGGCCGGAUGGCCGCACCAGGGGUUGGAAGAGUUUCUGUUACCGUAAAGCAAAAAAAAACAAAAGGAUCUUUGGGGGUUUGUUUGGUUGGUUUUUGUUCUUUUUUUAUAAGAAAACGAGAAAACAAAAAGCAAAAAAAAAUCAUAUAAGAGAUAAAAGAAAUACAACCCACUAACAAAACAAAGACGCAGCGCUCCCCGUGUGGCCCUGGGGACGUGAGCGGGGACGCGGUGCAGCCCUACCUCUGCCCAACGCUGGAGAUGGGAAUGGCACAAGGGAUGGACCCGGCCGUGCCCAACCCGCUCCCUACAUUGGAUGUUUUUGGGGUUUAAUGCAACGAUUUCCAGGAGGGAAGGAGAAAAAAAGGAAGAAAGCAGCACCUCCCCCAGGAGGCGGACAAAGAGCUGGGGGUGAUUUUGUGUAUCUGGCAGCAUUGUACAAAGCGCGGUGAGGACGGAGUGCAAUACGGGAAGUGAGCGGCUCCGGGAGGAGGGACCCAGUGCUGCACCUCGACGGGAAUGUAAAUAGCGUCUGCACAGGUCCAAAAAGUAUCGUAAUGAUGGUGAUGGUGAUGAGAAGAGACAUUUGCCAAAUAAAGGAUGAUGAUCCACACGGGAGGAUGUGGCGCUUAGGCUGAACCGCAAGCAGGAGUCAUGUGCUCAAUAGGAGCUUUAGUUUUCUGGAUUUGCAAAAACCCAUCCUGUGUGUUUUCUGUAGGCAGGGGACAAGGAGGGGGUCGGGCUGCUCUGGUUGUGGUGCUGAGGGGCUGGCUGGGCUGUGCCAUGGUGUGCCAUGCCGUAAUAUGAUGUGCCACGGUGUGCCGUGGUAUCCCAUGGCAUGGUGUGUCAUGAUGUGCUAUGAGGUGCCGUGUCAUGGUGUGCCACUGUGUGCCGUGGGAUCCCAUACCAUAGCGUGUCAUGUGCUGUGGUGUGCCAUGGUGUGCCAUGCCAUUAUGUGCCAUGCCAUGUCAUGCCAUGGUGUGCCGUAGUAUGCCACGUCAUGCUGUGGUGUGCUGUGCCAUGGUAAGCCAUGCUGCGGAUGCCACGAUGUGCUGUGCCAUGCCAUGCCAUUCCAUGGUGAGCCAGGCCACGCCAUGGUGAGCCAUGCUGUGGAUGCCCUGCCAUGCCAUGGUGCCCCACACCAUACCACACCAUAGCAUGGUGCCAUCUCCCACCCCCAGCCCCACAGCCAGUCUGUGUGCACCCCAAGACCCCAAGCCGGGGGCCACGCCAGGGGCCCCUUGCGUGACUGUUCACUUUAUUUAUGGUGUGACAUAUGUAAUAUUGUCUAUUUUUCUUACGUUUCCUGAGAAGAGGUAAUAUAUAAGAGUCUUGCGGGUGCUCCCACAGGGGCCGCCUGCUCCCUGGGUGUCUGUUCCCCCCCCCUCAACCCCGUGUGCCCCCUCCCCACCCUGCGCCGGGGCUCUGCCUCUCUACCUCCGCCUCGCCGGGAAACAGCGGACGGGAGCACUUACACGGCGUCUGCUCUCGUUUCCACUCCUUUUCUGUUUUGCUUUCUUUUUCUUAUUAUUUUUUAAUUAUUUUUUUUUUUUUUUUCCUCCUGUUGUUUGUUUUGGUCUUUAUUUUUAUUUUUUUAUUAUUUUUAAACAAUAAAAACACCCCUAAC